CGAAGAGGAGCACCACCGAGCCAAGGUCAAGGAGAUAUGGACAAUGUAUAUAUAGACUCGAGUGCCUCAACCCGUCACCAUACUCCGUGCAUCUGCCUUUGCAUUCGGAUUUGCCUCCUCCAUUUGGUCCUUUCGUUUCGAGAAAGAUGCUGUUUGUGGUUCUCUCCUGCUUCGUCGCCCUGGCAUGCGGCGCCCCCCAGUUUGCGGGAAGACCCAUCCAGUACAACCCGAACGAUGUGCCCCAGUAUCGCCACAUUGCUAUUCUAAAGGACGAACGCGUGGAUCAUGGAGACGGCAAUUUCCAGUACGCCUUCGAGACCGAAAACGGCAUCAACGUCAACGCUGUAGGGACUCCAGGGUCCAAGGGACAGAGCAACAUCCAGGGAGCCUUUAGCUUCCCUCUACCCGACGGUACCCUUGCCCAAGUCCGAUACAUUGCUGACGAAUUCGGGUUCCGCGCCGAGUCCCCUCUGAUCCCGACCCCCCACCCACUUCCCGCCCACGCCAUCGAGCAGAUCCGCAUCGCCGAGCAGCAACGCGCCCAAGGGAUCGUCUGGGAAUAAGCCCGCUAGGAAUUAGUCUUACGGGAUAUAAUACCUUUUAGCGACCUCAAGGCCAAAUGAUUCUAAAAGCGAGGAAAAUGACGAGGACUGUCUCCUAAUUUAUUGAUGUCUUUCAAGGGAUGCACGCAUUCACUCUGUAAAUUUAUUGUGAAUAAAGUUACACGCGAGUU